GAGUUUGCUCAUGAGGCAGGAAGCCAGGGCAGGCGUGAGCAGGAGCAGCGGCGAGGAGCGCGCCCGCGGGCCGGGGGCUCCGCUCUGCUGCCCUCAGCGCCCCCCCGGCCAUGGGACGGACGUGAGCGGGGACGGCGGCACCUUCCCUGGCGCGGCUGGGCCAUGGCGGUCUGAGAGCGGCUGCCCCUCGCCUCGUGGCCAGCAGCCACCAUGGGCUGCUGCUGCAGCUCGGACUACGACGAGGACUGGAUCGAGAACAUCGACAUUUGUGAGCACUGCAAUUACCCCAUCGAGCCCGACAGCAAGCGCCAGAGGCUGAUCCGCAACGGCUCCGAUGUGCAGGACCCCUUGGUGUCCUACGAGGCCACGUCUCCGCCGUGCUCCCCCCUGCAAGGUGAGGUCCAGCCGUGGCAGGGGGUGGCUGUGGACACCCCCCCAGUUGGCCACCGCCACCCUGUCCCUCUGCUUGCCCUCCCAGAUAAGCUGGUGGUGGCCCUGUACAACUACGAGCCCAAGCACGACGGGGACCUCGGGCUGCGCAAGGGCGAGAAGCUGCGCAUCCUGGAGGAGAAUGGGGAGUGGUGGAAGGCACAGUCACUCACCACGGGCCAGGAGGGGCUGAUCCCCUACAACUUCGUGGCCAUGGUGAACACCCUGGAGCCCGAGCCGUGGUUCUUCAAAAACAUCAGCCGGAAGGACGCGGAGCGGCAGCUCCUGGCAUCGGGCAACACACACGGCUCCUUCCUCAUCCGGGAGAGCGAGACCUCCAAAGGCUCCUACUCACUGUCCGUGAGGGACUUCGACCAGAACCAGGGGGAGAUGGUGAAGCACUACAAGAUCCGCAACAUGGACAACGGCGGGUUCUACAUCUCCCCCCGCGUCACCUUCGGCAGCUUGCACGAGCUGGUGGAGCAUUACACACGCAGCUCUGACGGGCUGUGCACCCGCCUCGGGAAGCCGUGCCGGACCCAGAAGCCGCAGAAGCCGUGGUGGCAGGAUGAGUGGGAGGUGCCACGGGAGUCACUGAAGCUGGUGGAGAAACUGGGAGCAGGGCAGUUUGGAGAAGUCUGGAUGGGCUUCUACAACGGCCACACCAAGGUGGCCAUCAAAAGCCUGAAGCAGGGCAGCAUGUCACCCAGCGCCUUCCUGGCAGAGGCCAACCUCAUGAAGAACCUGCAGCACCCGCGCCUGGUGCGGCUCUACGCCGUGGUGACCAAGGAGCCCAUCUACAUCAUCACAGAGUACAUGGAGAAGGGCAGCCUCGUGGACUUCCUCAAGACCUCAGACGGAGUCAAGCUCGGCAUCAACAAGCUGCUGGACAUGGCAGCGCAGAUUGCUGAAGGGAUGGCUUUCAUCGAGGCCAAGAACUACAUCCACCGGGACCUGCGUGCUGCCAACAUCCUCGUGUCAGACACCCUGGGCUGCAAAAUCGCCGACUUCGGGCUCGCCCGGCUCAUCGAGGACAACGAGUACACGGCUCGGGAGGGUGCUAAAUUCCCCAUCAAGUGGACGGCGCCGGAGGCCAUUAAUUACGGCACGUUCACCAUCAAGUCCGACGUUUGGUCGUUCGGGAUCUUGCUGACCGAGAUCGUCACGUACGGCCGGAUCCCGUAUCCAGGGAUGAGCAACCCCGAGGUGAUCCAGAACCUGGAGCGUGGCUACCGCAUGCCGCAGCCCGACCACUGCCCGCGGGAGCUCUACGAACUGAUGGUGCAGUGCUGGAAGGAGAGGCCCGAGGAACGGCCAACCUUCGAGUACAUGAAGAGCGUGCUGGAGGAUUUCUUCACUGCCACCGAGGGCCAGUACCAGCAGCAGCCGUGACCCUCAGCUUGGGGUGUCCGGGGGUGCUCCCCGACCCUCCCCUGCGCCACGUUCCCACAGACUGCACACACCUCACGUUGGCAAACGCUGCCUGGACCUCAGCAGUAAAGAUCUGAAGCGCUUGGAGUCUUUGGAGCCGCAGGUUUCACCCCCCUAGAAGGAGAUGGAGGAGCUGGGCUGAGGAGCGACUCCAGAGAGGGGAGAGCUGGUGCAGCCUGGGGGUGCCCACCGCGCAGUCCCUCUGCUUGCCCCGGUGCCCGCCCAGCCUCCAGCUCCCAUGAGGGUGCCCAGGGGCCGCGCCACCCCCUCAGCCUGCUUUGCCUGGGCCUCGCUGCCUCCUUCCCCCCCGGCGCUGGCAAGCAGCCCCUGGCAAGCGAUGGCCGCCCCAGCCUUGGCCAUGGGCAGCCCUGUCUCCAGCCAUGGUGUGUGCAGGAGCGAGAGGCCUUUGCCCAGCAGUGGCCACGGUGGCUACAGCCUGGGGCUGCCUUGGCCACCACGGGUGAUGCUCACAGGGGAUGGACCCCCCCCAACCCCAGCCAGGGCUGCUGCGGGGGGCUUGGGGCCCCUCUCACGGCAGGCCCAGAGUAUGAGACCCCCCACAGUCCCACUCCUGCCGACCCCGAUGGGGGGAACAAGCGGGAUCAGGACUGAGACCGUGGCGCUGGUGGCGACCACCACCCCAUC